AUGGCACCUGUGCUGUCCUUUUAUCAUUCAUGUGAUGAGGAUGCUUCUAAGGUCAAUAAGAAAGGUUAUCGCAGGUUCAACUAUAACAUUCCUAUGGAGUAUGUAAACAUAGGAUCGAAACCUUUGAAAACUUACGACUUGGGAACGCUCAAUCUUCAGCUCGAGUUCCCAGGAGAGAUUCACGACAAGAAGUUCACAGAACGAAAGUCAACAAAUGCUUAG